AUAACUAACUGUUCCUUGAUAUGUUUUUUUCCAAGUGACACCACUCAAGCUCAGCAAUGAUUCAAGAGUAGUACAACAAUGAGUUUUUGAAGAACAAUCUAGGAUAGUAAUGGGAUAUUAUUUCUCAUCUUCCAUCAUUACUAUUAUUAUCUUCAUUCAUAUAAAUUUAUUUCUUACUCCUUUUCAUACACAAGCACAAGGGUUUGACCCUCUUAUCCGACUCCCACAUUCCGGCUCCACCCGAACCAGAUCCAAAUUCAGACGGGUUUUUCCCAUCACUGAUUUUGGAGCCAAAGGUGAUGGCUUUCAUAAUGACACAAAGGCCUUCCUGGAGGUUUGGAAAAUCGCAUGUUCACUCUCUGGAUUUGUAAAUGUUAUCUUUCCAUAUGGAAAAAAUUUUCUGGUCUAUCCAAUUGACAUCGGUGGACCGUGUCGAUCAAAGAUCACUUUGAGGAUCUUAGGUACAAUCGUUGCACCGCGAAAUCCCGAGGCAUGGCGUGGCUUAAAUAAGCGCAAAUGGAUUUACUUUCAUGGGGUGAAUCACCUUUCUAUAGAUGGCGGAGGUACGUUAGAUGGAAAGGGACAGGAAUGGUGGUCUAGAUCUUGCAAGAUUAACUCCACAAAUCCAUGUCAACAUGCUCCAACGGCCAUGACUUUUCAUAAAUGCAAGAAUCUGAAAGUCAGAAACCUUAUGCUGUUAAAUAGCCAACAAAUGCACAUGGCAUUCACUAGCUGUAUGCGAGUUGUUGCAUCCAAUCUGAAAGUAUUAGCACCUGCUUCGAGCCCUAAUACUGAUGGAAUCCACAUUAGUGCAACAAAGGGUGUUGAGGUCAGGGAUAGUUUAAUUAGGACAGGUGAUGAUUGCAUCUCCAUAGUAAGAAACUCUUCACGGAUCUUGAUCAGAAAUAUUUCCUGUGGUCCAGGCCAUGGUAUAAGCAUUGGCAGCUUGGGAAAGUCAAAGGCAUGGGAGAAGAUUCAAAAUGUAAAUGUUGAUGGAGCUUAUCUUUACAACACUGAUAAUGGACUGAGAAUCAAAACAUGGCAGGGCGGGAGUGGUUUUGCCUCCAAGAUCACAUUCAAGAACAUCUUGAUGUAUAAUGUGUCCAAUCCAAUAAUAAUAGAUCAAUACUACUGUGAUUCACGAAAUCCAUGCGAGAAUCAGACUUCGGCUGUUCAAGUGGAGAACAUAUCGUUCAUCAAUAUUAAAGGAACUUCGGCGACCAAAGAAGCAAUAAAAUUUGCUUGCAGUGAUGCCUCUCCAUGUGAAGGAUUAUACCUGGAAAACAUUUUCCUUCCAUCAUGCUUAGGAGGAAAUACAAGAUCUUACUGCUGGCAAGCUCAUGGUUCUGCUCAGGGUUUUAUGUACCCUUCUGCAUGUUUUUCAACCAGUAGCGAUUUCAUUAGACAGAAUGUCUUGUUAGAGUCAAAUCCUACUAUUAAUUCCAUCUGAACAGAAGGCAAUUUUGUAAAUGAUAAACCCCUUGAUAUCUAUUUUGCAGGGUAAUCAAGGGAAAGGCAAAUAUGGUGAUUAGUGAAUGUAUCCAUAUGAAUGCAUAAACCUGCAUCGUUGAAUUUGAAUUGUUUACCUUGUCGUCUUCUAUUUUCUUUUUGGCAAAAUUCCAAUUA